AUGACUGCAAAUUGCAAUGCAUGGGCUCAAGUGAAUAAUGAUACAAGUCUUCAAUCUUGCCAUCCAUGUCGGUUACGUUUGGUAGCAGAUGAUUACUGGCGAUUUCGAGAAAUUAUCCAAAGUAGAAUGGUCUAUGUUGUCUACUUUAAUCUUCUACAAAUUAAUAAUACACAUCUUUAUUCAGUCAAUAAACGGCGUGAAGAUAUUCAAUUUGUCUGGGCUAGAUUAGAUUAUGGCAAAUCUCUAUUAACACUGCCCAUGGAUUAUAUCGUCUUAUCCAUGUAUCUUCCCUUUAUAUUUCAAGAUGAAUUAAAUCUACAGCUACAAGACUAUCCAUCUGGAUGCUUUCACUUCCUAAGCGAUCAUUGUCAGCGGCAAUUAAUUACUGAGACAUUAAUGGGCUUUACUCGAGUUGAUCUUGAUUGUGAUGGAGGUAUACGAUGUGGUACAAUUUGCCAACAAAAUGUAAGCCUAUUACCUGGUGAGAUACAGCCCGAAAUUAGCUAUCACUGCUGUCAAAAGAUCAGAAAUCGUAAUGACUGUUCUAUUCCUGAAGAUCCAUCUAAGGAAAUUUAUGUAUUUCAGUUUUUAGCGAUUAUUUUAAGCAUAAUUUUCGCUGCAAGUAUUACCUCAUGGUUACUUUCUGAUUCGUUGAUCAAUACUGUCGUAUACCGAAGAAAUGAUGAAUGGCAUCAUAUUCGGGCUUUAAAAUUGCGUCUACUAACAGCUCAGGAAGAAAGUACAAGCUGGAGAAUAAAGAGACUUUUGAAUAAAGUCUUUAAUUAUUGCCCAAAUCAUCCUCUUAAUUUUAUAAUUAUCAAUAUUCUAUCAUUACUGUGUAGUUUGCUUUCAAUAUGGUCGCAAUUAUAUCCUUAUGUCUUUCAGCCGUGGUCUUUGGCUGAUCAUUUAUCAAUACCAAUUUUAGGCUAUGCCGCCUAUUUUACAAUAUACACUUUCUAUACUACCGCUACCUUUGUCGUCUUGUUUCCAUUUUUAUCAUUAUGUGUAUCGGAUGGGCAACGACGUUUGAAUGCAAUAGCAAAUAGCAGCUUAAUAUUAAACGAUGGCCAAUUUAGUCUAAAAUUAUUAUUAAUGAAGCAAUAUCAGUGCUGGAAGGCUUUAUUAUCAUGUCACUGUCAGCAUGUCCAGUUAGUGAUUUGGAAUUUAAUCAAAUCUCUCAUUUUAAUAUUAAUUACCUUACCCUUUACGAUAAUAAACGAAAUACCGAUGAUAUCCUUCAUCUUUUGGAAAGCCACUACCUUAACGAUGACAGUUGGUGAAAUAUUUAAAGCUCAAUGUUAUGAAUCCAGUUGCUCCCAAUGGUUAUUUUAUUUAUAUUAUAUAUCUGCAUUACUCUAUGUUUCUCUCUCUGUUUUGGGGUUUUGCUUAUUUUUCCAAUUCUUAUCACGUUUAAUAUUGACAACCAUUGCAUUUGUUAUAGCUUAUGCCAGUUACUUUGCUGUUUAUAUUGCAUUAGUGAUUCCAUUCAGUUAUCUCUGCUUUAAGUUAGUACAUUUAUAUUCUAGUGAGAAAAUAUCAUUAAGUGACGAUAUUAUUGGGCUUGAAAGUGAAGUUAAUGAAGAACUAAAUAAGUUACUGACUGCAGAUGACGGCCAAGUAGUUGUUUAUUUAGCCAUUGAAGAUGGCCUGGUGGAAGUUGAUGUACCAGAAUGUUUCAAAUGUAUUCAACAGCAGUUUCGCGAUGAAUUAAUUUAUGCAGUCUCACAUCAACCGAUGAAAUUUGCUAAUGGUGUCUAUAAAUUGACUGUUCACUUUGUCAAGGAAGAGCAAGGCAGUUAUACGGUGACAAUGUCAGAAUUAGGUGAAGAAUUUGAUGAGUUAGAAGAAACUAUUAAAAGUGCUCUAAUGGAACGAAGUAAUCAAAAUUUACAAGAUAAAAUCCGUCAAGUUUACUAUCAAAUUAUAGAUGAAACUGUUGAUCAUCAGCGUUCUACUCAUCACUUUAGCUGCACUCGCCCUAUUGGCAUUCCAUGUGAAUUAUAUCAUUUUCUAUCAAGUCAUUCACCUAAAAUUACUACCAAUUUAUGGACGCUAGGUUGUCGCCUAAUCUUUACGUUAAUUCUACUAAUUGCUAUGAUUUUAGGAGUUAAUGAAUUUCAAUAUGGUAAUAGUUUCACCGCUAUGACUGCUACAUUUACCGGUAUAACCAUUUCAUCAUCAUUAGUCUAUCUAAUUGUCAAGUAUAUCCAGCGUAGUAAAUUACAAGGCGAAAAACGUAAAGAUCUUAUUAAAAAAUAUCUCGUUGACUAUGCUAGAGGCUACCGAUUCUUUUAUCAGCAAGAUUGUAUCGACGAAUCAGAUAUCGUCUCUCAAUGA